AUGUUAUCAUUUAUUCGUCUUCGAUAUUAUCAUAUCAUUCGUUUACCAACAAUACGUUAUGUUUCAUCAAAAAAGAAACAUGUUUCAUCAACAACAUCUAUUCUUCGUCAUAAUUGGCUUGAUAUGACAUCAGAAAUAUGUCCAACUGAUAUAUCAAAUUUAUCAUCGUCUCCUGAUUCUUCAUUUAAUAUACGUGUAAUACAAUAUUUAUCUGAUUCAAUAAAAAUUCGUUUAUCAUCAAAUAUAUUUCAACAUUUAUUAAAUUCAUUUCAAACAUGGUCACCAAAAGAAUUUUAUAAUUUAAUAAAUAUUCUUGGUUCAUAUGGUUUACAACCAGUUGAUGUUUUACGUUUAUUAAUUAAUCUUCCAUCAACAGAUAAAACAAUUAUUAAUAUUGAAAAUUUAAAAAAAUGUUUUGAAAAUUUAUUUAAAUUAAAAUUUGAUACAACAACAUGUUCAAUAUUAAUAUCAAAUGAUCCUAAUCUUAUACAAUAUGAUUUAAUUUAUUUACAUGAACGUUUAAAUGUUUUAUUAUGUUAUUUUACAAAACGUGAAAUAUAUAAAUUAAUACGUACACAUAAAAAAUUAUUUAGUGAAAAUUGGUUAGAUCUUGAUUAUAAAAUAAAUUAUUUACGUAUAAUGUUAUAUGCAUCAACACGUGAUAUUGUUGAAUCAGGUGUAUUAGCAUAUACAAUUGAUCAUAUACGUCAAAGAUAUUUAUUUGUUUAUCGUGCUGGUUUAUUUAAACGUGUUAGACGUGAAAAUGAAUAUGUUUUACAACGUAAUUUAAAUAUAAAUUUAAUUGAUAUAUUUAGUACAAGUUUAUCAACAUUUUUAAAACGUACAACAAAUAAUCUUUUACGUCAAGAUGAUUAUCAAGCAUUUAUUGAUUCACUUAAAUAUGAAAUAUUUGAUAAUGAAUUUAAACAAUAUUUAACUUUAGAUAAUAAUCGUAAACAUUGGUCAAAUGCUCAAAUGGCUAUUGAAAGAAAUGAAAGACGAAAUUGGAUGAGUGAAUUUGAUAUGUAUAAUAAUAAUCUUGAUGAUGAAGAUGAUAAUGAUAAUGAAACUAAUUUAACAAUUACAAAUGAUAAAUCUUUAUCUAUAAGAAAUGUUGAUGAUAAAUCAACUAUAUGGCAUUCAUUAUCAGAUUAUAAUCCUGAUCGACAUCGAAAAAGAAAAAUUUCACAAAAUUUUGAUCCAAAUAUUCGAUUAUAA